AUGCUCAACUAUGAAAAUGACUCGAAACAAGUCCGAAGCAUCUACGGCGUCUCCGGCGACUUCAGCCUAGUUUCUCUGGACUAUAUCGAACCCGCAGGCCUCAACUGGGUCGGCAACGCCAACGAGCUCAACGCCGGCUAUGCGGCAGACGGCUACGCUCGCAUCAAGGGAAUCACAGCGCUAAUCACAGCCUUUGGCGUGGGGGAACUGUCAACGCUGGAUGCAGUUGGUGGCGCGUUUGCAGAGAGGGCGCCAGUCGUGCAUAUCGCGGGCGUCCCGAGUGCGGCGUUGCAGAAAGCGAGGCUGAUCAUGCAUCACUCGUUCGGGGAUGGGGAUUUUCGGAGGUAUGCGAGGGUUUAUGAGGAAUUUACUUGUGUGCAGGUGAAUUUGGAUGAUGCCGGGGCUGCGGCCGAGAUGGUGGAUGAGAUGCUGAGAGAGUUUCUGCUGCAGCGUAGGCCGGUUUAUAUAGAAUUGCCGACGGACCUUGUUUAG